AUGAUCAACUCUCCACGCUCGACACGGAACAGUGUUCCUCCCUCAUUUCCUGCUGAGCUAGAUGCUCUGACAAGUUUCCUGGACAACCAGCUGCUGACCCCCAAGAGCAAGCUUGAUGAGUUUCGUCGGUUCUUCGACCUCAAGACCGAAUGGUGGAACAAGUUGCACAACAAGUUCAAGGCUCAUGCUCAACUCAGAUCUAACUGGGUAGAGAUGCAUGAAGAUGAGGCCCUUCGUCAGGAGAUAGCAGCAGAGUUUAUCGAUCAAGUUGGAAAUGAAUACUGGUGCCGCGAGAAUCAGGAAAAGUAUCUGAUGGAGGAGCAUGUGCAGAGUGGACACGCUUGUGUUUACCCAAAGGAUAGAAAGGCGAUGAUCAAGGCUCUCUCAUAUCUUCUCGAAAAAGAUGCCAAGAAUCGUCGAGGUUCACUCUCUCACAAAGUCAGCUUCCGAAGCUCAAAGGGGGAUGACCGCCAAGCUCCGUCCAGCAGUAGUUCCCUCUCUGAUCCGCCCUCAACCGAGCUUGAAUCGCCUGCCUCGGUCAAGAUGGACAUCAGUGAGGCCUCAUCGCCUCUUGCGACGAUGAAAGGUGCUCAUCGCAGUACUUCAGGGAUCAUCCACGGUUCGAUUGAGAUGAGGUCAGUGGACAGCCAAGAAACCAAGAUGUCUCUCGAGAAUCCCAGACUGGAAGACAGCUGCUCAGCCGAGGAUGAAGAUGCUUUGAUAUCUUCUCAUGCUGUAGCGUGCCGCGGUUCUUCUCACCGUGUCGACGACGGCAAUAGGCGACCCUGCUGUCAAGCUCACACAUCCGCAUCAGACCUCGCCUCCGGAUUGACUGAGACCUUCCUCAGUCAAUUUUCCGAUACCGCAAGCCUCACCCAGGCAACCUUCUUCCUCGUCCACGAGCACAGUGCUGAGAACCCAGCGGUCUGUGUUCCCUUUCGCAACUUUGAAGAAUACCAGACCGCCACUGAGUUCUUGGACGAGAUGUGGAAACGAUGCUGCUGUGCACAAGAGCCCAGCUUGAUUCAGCUCGUCGGAGGUGUGCGGCAGUAUUCGCAUGCAGUUGUCUCGCUUUGUUGGUCCGGGGUCUCCUUUGUCCUGCGCGAAGAUACAGAUGAUCUUCAGUCGCUGGUGGAUCGCAUCAGCUGCGCGUGGCGGGCGAAGCAAAAAGGAGAGUGGGGGUUGUUUGAGCUCGCAGUUCGAGUCGUUCUGAAAAAUGAUGAGGACUAA